GUAAAUAUUUUGGGGGAAACCUAUCAGCAGUCUCACAGCUGAUUAACUUGAGCAAUUACCUGCAAGCCCUCUGUACCUUGAUCCGAGAACAGUCCUAAACGAUCACGUAGUAAAUCAGUUACCUUGGGCGCUACGUGUUACAGACAGUGAAGAGAAUGGCUUUUACGUCCCCAGCUUUGCUUUUGCUGCUAUUACUGGGUGCAGCGCAUGCACAGAGUGGUGGAGCAAAAGCUGACACAGUUGCAGUCUGGCAGCCCUGGCUCGUUGGACUGACCGCUGUCAUCGUGUUCAUUUUCAUUGUCUUUUCCAUGUUGAUACUCAACAGACUCCUUUGUAAGAAGAAGGGGGAACUAGAAAACGUGUACGAAAAGUACGGAAACUCGAAUUUUGGAAUGAGUCCCGAGGAUGAAGGAAUGCACAGCAACAAAACCACUUCACUGUGAGAGAAAUCGCUCCCACCUUCA